AUGGGGGAAGGGGAACGACAAAGAAGCCCGAGGACAGAGAAAGAGAAAGCAAGAAGCGAAACCCGGUUCUUUCUCCCUCCAGAUGUUCCUCGAGUGCGCGCACUCACACGUGCAUUCCCCGCCGCCGGCUCUGACACGCACAGGCACACUCGCGCGCGAGAGAGCCCACGAACACGCACACGUGUCCGAGUUCAACGGAGGGGCCAGGAGAGGAGGAGGAGGAGGAGCCUCAGGCAGGGGGGAGCAGGGGAUGGGCAAGCAGGAAGGGGCUCUUUUUUAUCCCAACCUGCUGUACGGGGAGGAGGAGACGGCAGAGGGAAGCCCCCCGCCCCACUCCAUGGCAGGUGCCAUCUUCCUCUUCCUUUCCCUUCCUCCUUUCCUCCUUCCCUGGGCGCUCUGCACGGGUGCAGAGGCCCCCUUUCCCCCUCUCCCCCCUUUGGAGCUGACCCUGUUCUGGGUGAUGUUGUGGUUGAAGACGUAGAUGUCAAGGAGGGUGGCGUUGAUGGACUCGGAGUAGAGCCGGUCGAACUCAGCCUCCUUCUGCACCACUCGCUUGGCUUUCCUUUCAUCCGCAGUGCCAGCGCCAGCACCAAGGCUCAGGAGCACAGCGAGGAUGAGAGCAAAGAGGAGGAGGAGGAGACAGUGAAGAUGAUGGAGGUUGAUGACCGAGACCCCGGCUUUCAAAUUAAUUUGAACCCGCAGCGGAGAGUUCCGCAGAUCCAUCACCAAAAGGAACGGAGCGGGACCGCAGCAGACUAUUAUUAAAAGAUCUUUUUUUUUCUUCACUUUCCCCUUCCCUGAACUAUGUAACAAAUCCCCCAAUAAAAGUAGCAUUUAUUUUAGCAGUAACACUCUCUAUCUGGUUAUUUUGUGUCUUUCUCUGACUCCUUCCUUUGCAUGCAAUUUCUCUCUCCCUCUCUCUCUCACUAACCCAUCUGAUCUUUAAACCCUGGCGGAGGCUUCCCCGCCAUAGGUUAAUACAGCGGACGAUACAAAUUGGCUCAUAUCUUUAUCAAAAUUACCCCUAGCACGCUCUUUUUUUAGUCCUAAUCCUUUCUAAGGCUCCUGACUCAAGGACCACCAGCGGAACCAAAAUCGGUCCAGUUCUCGGCACCUCAUCAGCUGACUGUCAAACGGAACCGACUGCUCUCUUCCAGCCUUAUCCCGGACUUUCCUCUCCCCGCGACCCGCGGGAUGGUUUUAGGAGAUCCCUGGUCCCUUUCUGUGAACUGGGGAUGGGGGAUCGCUCUCCCGCUGGGGAGACAUAGUUCUCCAAGGACCUUCGCCCUCUCUACAGCCUGCCAGGAGGGUGCCUGGACGGGCGCCCUCCACGUUUCAUUCAUACCUUCAUAAUUUUAUGAAGGAGAAGAACACUCUUCCCCAGGCCUAUCCCUGGACUUAUGAACUCUUAUACUUCCAAAGACUGCAACCCACAUGUGCCCCUUCCCCAUGCCAUCUCUAUGAAUUCCUUCCACCACAGAUGAACUCUUUUCCUCAUGUAUCCGUGAAUUUUCAUAUUCUAUGUACCUAGACACCCUCAUGAAUCACUGUUGUAUGAAUUUCUAAUCGUUGGGCUAACUUCAUGAAUUGUGAGAUCAUGCUGCUAAAACUCCACUUUUAUGAAUUUCCAUAUUGGGUUCCCCAGAUGUUGUGAACUUCGUUCUUAUCAAAUGUUUUCAAAUUGUUUAUAUCAUUCAUGAUUCCCCUUCAUGCAAUGUAACCCACCUCUAUGGAUUCUCCCUUACUUCCUUGAAAUCUAUCUAUCUGCCUAUAUGUAUUUGUACUCUUUGGGAUCCCCGGAAAAUAUGUAUUUUUCCCAGCUGGGUUUAUAUUCCAACUUUAUUUUAUUUUUCAUUUUAUUUCAUAUAAUUGCCAAGUCAUGAAAUCAGAUAGGGAAUAUUUCGAACUCAACUUGAACCCCAGGACCUGCCCCAUUUUCUAUGGCCCAGGCUUACCUUCCCAAAAACAAAAGGUUAAUCCGCUGCCGCUUAACCUAAUCAGAUUCAGAUUGCAUGGACAAUAUAGGGCUUGAGUCGCCGAAUUCGGAGUAUUUUGACCUAAAGGUGAUUCGCCCUCAAGGCAAACAUUGUCAUAUCUCCUCCACUAAGGAAGUUCAGGACACCUCAGGAAGGCGCCCUGCUGAGCCCAUCACCACCCAUCCCUACUUCCACCCCUGACACCCCAAGACAUAUCUGAAAUCUGUGUACGUGACAGGAACCCUUGAUUGCUGUCAUUAAUCCCUUUAGAAUUCGGCCGGGCAGGAAUUAAUCCGAUCCUUCCUGCUCAAGUAACUUCAUUGUUUCAAUAACUCCCGCCUUCUCCUCUCUGAUUGGCCCGAGUGGGGACAAAAAGCAGCUCCCUAUUGGGCCAGCAGAGCAAGGCGGGAAACGAAAGCCCGCCUCGUUCAACACUCUAGCCUAUCCGCGAUCAGAUGGGCGGGGGAGCAGGGCGGGAAAUUCAAGGGGCUGUCAGACUGAAACAUUGUAUAAAUAUGGCUUUAUUUUGGAUAUAUGGUACCCUAGUAGACUGAAUGAUCACUACUAGAGUCCUUUUCAGCUGAAUCGCUCAAUAAAGACUCCUUGGCGGAUUUUCCUUCAA